UCUCCUUGAUGGUUGCUUAAACUCAGAAAAAUAAGUCGAAAUAUCUAAAUAACUCGUUGUAAUUGGAGAUAAAACGCUUACUCGCUGUUUUGUGGAAUUAACCAAAAAGUUCUAUACUUUUAAAAUUUUUUAAAAUCUCUUAAAUGAAAGUAAAUAAAUAAUCGUGCAAAUAAAUGUCUUAUCAAUGUUACCCUCUCAAGCCGUGUACAACCCAAGAACAACCUUUGUGACAAUGUCUGCAUCUGUUGACUAAAAUUUGAAACCUAAUAAGCUUUUAACAAGGUCAACAGUUUUCAUCAACUCAUAGUCGACGAAAAUAAUCAGGAUUUCAUUUAGUCUCGAAAAUAAUGCCUUAGUUUAGUGUAAAGCUAUAGUACAAGUGCAAGUGUCCGCGAAAAUGUUCUGUACUUUGUUUUUCGCAAUCACAACGUUACAUGAACAUGGAUGACCUAAAAUGCGAAUACGUAAAGAAAAAAGAUGCUUUGGACUGUCUCAAGACAAGCUAAUCGAAAAACGUAAUAAUGUUUUACACGUCAUUUAUCGGGAAUCAGACGUAACUGUAUUAUCACUCUGUGUUCAGUGAAUCUCAGCAUCAAAAGUGAAAAUGUGAUGUGUCAAACUGAUUGUUUACCUCGCGGCGGACAGGUGAGCGGUUUGUAGAAGUGGUACGUGAGGGCGGCGGGCGGCAUGUCGAGUCGCUCGAGUCCCGUCAACGGCGGCUAUGAGUCCGCGAGCGUGGAGCCUGCGAUGAGACUCUCUGUCCGCAAGGACCUCUUCCCCGACGAGCGUCUGGGAAAAAUAUCACCUGUCCUUUCCAGUGACGAAAUGUUGCAAGAGGGACUCGAAGACGUCUCUUGCGUCAAACUCGAAACUGAUUUCGAGCAGAGCAUCGACGACAUUGCCAAUCAAAAAAUGCAAGUACACAACGGAGCCCUGCCUUCUCCUAUCCGUACUCGCCACAGAAAGCACAAGCAGCACUCAAGGCGUGAUGCAGAGCACUCGCCUGUCAACGGUUGCCUUUCUUCACAGAAGAAAAGGAAGAAGAGGUCCCUUCGUGAAUACCACGAAAGGACUGCAAAAUCAAACAGUAUAGUGACCCCUCAAGUGAAAGGUGGCAAAAACUUGUAUUUAGUCAGUAGCAGUGAGUGUCAAAAUGAUGCGGAAGAUGAUGAAGAUGAGUCAAAUGAAAGUGAAAGUUCAGAGGAUGAGGACCUCGAGUACAGUGUUAAGUUACCUAUUUUAAAUAUACGACAAAGUGGUAAACCGUACAGUCAUGAACUUAGUCAAUUAUCAACAAAAAAAAGUAAAUCAAAAGAAUCUUCUAAGAAGAGGACUCAUGUAGUGGUGCCGUGUAGUGGGAAGCCACGUUCCAUGAUAGGCAUUUGUAGUUCACGCAGCAAGAAAAAAUCUAAGAAAUAUGAGUACACAACCACAUAUCAGAGCCAGAUAGUGGAUACCAAUACUAACAUAAAGCUCAAGAUCAGGAAAACUAAUCUCCACGAGUCGGUACCUCCUAUAACACCGAUAUCAGUUGCCGACAUAGGUCAGAGGAAGUCUAAAAAGAAAAGAAAUGCAACACCCGAGGUUAGCGAGAGCUCCGGCGAGGAGUACGAUCCUUCGCGCGGCGACACCGCGGCUGCGAUGAGCCUAGCUGCGCCUAAGCCGCGUCAGCCUCGCCAAACACGCCAGCAGAGACAGCCCGCCCCACCCCGGCCCCGACAACGAACCCGCACGCGCAAACUUAACAAUAAUAAAAGUAAAAGUGAAAAGACUGAGAAAAGUAGAGUUAGUGGAGAAGAUAGUAAGAGUAAAGAAACGGGACCUCAGAGCCCGUGGGCUUCCAUGCCUGAAGAGAUUUUAUUCAAAAUAUUCGAUUAUGCUGUGGCCAGUCAAGGUUCUAUACCUACUAUUAUCAGGUUGAGCCGCGUAUGUAAAUUGUGGAACACCGUCAGCUGUAGACCAGAGUUGUGGAGGAAUGCAGAUCUUGCGCAAUACACUAGUGAAAAAUGCAAAACAGAUUACAAACUGGUGUGGCUCCUCGAAAAUCGACUGUCUCUAUGUCAUACAUUAAAUAUUGCUCAUUGGAAGGUGUGCAAUAUAACAUGGGUGCUAGCGUGUGUUGCGGACUACUGCCCUGGGUUGGUAGACCUGAGCGUGGCGGGCUGGAGCCGCAUCACACCAGACCAGCUCUACGACCUCGUGCAGGGCUUACCCAGUCUGCAGCGGCUCGAUCUCUCGCUCACGUCUGAGACGGGCGGGUCGAGCACCUGCCUGUCGGCCGCGUCGGUGGCGCGCCUGGCGGAGAGCUUCGGUCACCGGCUCACUCACCUCACCCUCGCCAACAACAAGUUCACCGCGCUGCCGCAGAUACUCACCUCCGUUGCUGCGCACUGUCCCAACCUGGAGCUGCUCGACAUAUCUGGUGCGAUGGCGACGACGCACCCCGCCUCUGUGCCGCUGGAGGCGCUGCAAAAGGGCUGCCCCAAGAUGCGCGUCUUCCGCGCCGCUAACUCACAGCUGGUGCUUGCCGCCGCCACCACCUCGCAGCAGAUGGAGGUGGAGGGGUGGACGUGCCUGGAGGAGCUGUCGAUCGCGGGCGAGGCGGAGGUGGAGCGCGCAUGUGUCGGCCAGUACCGGCUGGGGGACGAGGCUCUGGCGCGGCUGGUGCGCGGCGCCACCCGCCUGCGCCUGCUCGACCUGCGCGGUCUGCAGCGCCUCACUGACUCCGGACUCGUGCGCGUGCCCGCCUGGGACCUGCAGCAUCUCUUCCUAGGAGGCUGCAACGUGACGCGGCAGAGCAGCGCGUGCUUGGAGCUGAUCUGCGAGAAGUGGUCGCACAGCCUGCUCGAGCUGGACUUAUCCUGGGCGUCGGCCGCGCGCGUCCUCAACGACGCAGUCUCCGCGCUCACCGACUCCCCCCACAGCAAGCUCAGAAUACUCAAUUUAUGUGGAUCGGCAGUAUUUUUGGAACAAGUCAAGAAAGUUUUGAUAAAAUGUCGACAUCUGGAGUCCCUCAAUCUCAGCUCUUGUCGCGCCUUGCCGCGCGGCAUGAAGCGUCUUUACACCGGCAAGGAACUGCAAGACCUCAAGGACAGCUUAGACCCGAACAAAGCUAAGAAAGAGGAUUCCGAUGAAGAUGAAGAUACAGAAACCGCAACAAAAAAAGUGACCGAUUCGAAAUCCGGUGUCACUGUCAAAGCAUCUCCAAAGAGUAACAUAUCUGAAAGUAGUGGUGCCAAAGCUGAACAGAAAUCUUCGGAUAAGUCUUCCUCCUGCGUUUUCCAGGAACCCAAAAGUGUGUCCAACUCGAGCGUCAACGCUCAGGAUCAGAGAUCGCUAUCUUCCAUAAAUAUUAAGGGAUCGGUCGAAUCGUCGAGAGAUGUUUCAGAAACUAUCACUUCAUUAUUAGAUAACAAAAAAUCUAGAACGCCCACUUCAAGUUUGUCGAGUCCACUUGCUCAAUCGAAACCGGAUUCUUCUUCUACCCCGAGGUCGGAAUCUAUCAAAAUGGACCACGGGAGUCCACAUUUCAGUCCCGUCCGAAAACCCGAUAGUCAAGUCCCAAAUAGCCCCGAUGUGCAUCUAGACUCUAUAAAAAGCAGCAAUUCCUGGAAUUUGGGACAGUUCAAGUCCACACCCUCUCAUAAAUCCGAAGCCAGUCCACUGAACAGGUUAGAGAAUCACAACACGAGUAAGUUAAAACAUAGCAAAAUCGUCGAACAAUGUAGUCCCACCACUUCUCUAGAGAACAAACCUAGCCCCGAAACUCAUAACUUAAAGCCGGAUAUUAAAAACCCCAACAGUUGGAAUUAUUCCGGCGGGUACAGCCCGAUGACCCGGCAGGAUGCUCAGUUCUCGUCGCAGAGGAGCCCAUACUCCGCGCAGCCGAGCCCCGCGCAACCCAGCCCCUACUCGACGCAGCCGAGUCCCUACUCCACUCAGCCCAGCCCCUACUCCUCGCAGCCCAGCCCCUACUCAGCGCAGCCGAGCCCGGAUACCAGUCAAAUGGUCAAACCGGACCAUCAAAAAUCGGGCGCCUGGAACACCGGCAACUACAGUCCCAUGCCCAAGCAGCACACACCCUUCUCCCCCCAUCCGUCGACGCACACCAGCCCCGAUCCCGGGCUCGGCGUCAAGAGCGACGCCUUCCGGAACAACUGCAAGACGCCCGGACAGUACAGCCCCAUGUCGAGACAGGAUAGGUUACAUCACAGCCCCUACUCCCCGAGGCCCAGCGUCGAGGGCGUGUACAGCAACAAGAAGAGUCCCGGCGUGGGCAAGUACAGCCCGAUGAUGCGGCCCGAAUGCCACCUGCCGAGCCCGGACGGCGGGCACGCGGCCAGGUCUCAUAUCGGUGGAAGAACGCAGGACAUGUUCGGAAGAUCAGUGUCCAAGAUGUCGGAAAUGGUCCAGAAUAUCCAACCGCCCGAAGUUCCCAACUCGUGGGGCUUCGGUCAGGUGAACAACACGGCGACGAGCUGCAUCGAGUCGCUGGUGUGGAGCGGAUCCUCCUUCCCCGCGGAGCAGCCGAUGGCGCGCGUCGACAGCAUGUCGGGAGCGUUGCACACGCCGCCGCCCCAGCAGCAGCAGCAACACGCGCCGGCGUGGCCCGAGCUGGCGGCCUUCGACACUAUGCGGCGGCCGCACGAGCCCAGCGAACCGUGGACGCUGGGCGAGUUCCGCGUGGAGCCGCCGCGCCAGUCGCACAGCUACGAGCAGGCGGGGAGCGCGGGGGCGGGGCAGGGCGGGGGCUACGAGCUGGGCACGCACAUGGGGCAGCCGCACAUGCUGCAGAGCUACCUCGACGACAGCUACGCGGAGGCGUCGCGCGUCGACUGACGACCCGCGCCCCCGCCCCCACCUCCGCUCCCGCCCCGCCCGCUCCACCUCUCGAAUGUGCUGACGCGCCUGGCCCGAGUCGUCGUCGCGUUGACGACGCGAGCCGCCGCCCGCCGCACUCUGACGCGUUGUAAUUACAAAAUAGAUUUGAACAAUUAAUUAUCUUUAGAUUGUACAUAAGAUUAUCUAGAUGAUAUAUUUAAUGAUAACGCUAGAAAUGCAUUCAAAUUAUUUUGCAGCUCAUUGUCGAUGAGAGAUACAAUACAAUUAUUAAAAUAAUUAGGUAAAUUUUUUGAUGAAAUAAGAUAAAGAGUGUUACUGAUGUGGUUAUAGUCGAUAUUGUUUUAACGCCCGAAUGUAGGAAAACACGAUGGGGUUUUAGUUUUCCGUGUUCGUUGGUAGCGUAAUCGCGUGGUCGCGUGGUCCCGUGGUCCCGUGGUCGUGCAAUCGUAGCGCGCAGUGUUCAGCAAGGAGUCAGUCGCAGUGCAACAAGAGCCACCUCGUGUGUUCCUAUCGACGACCGCGCCGUCAACUGCGGUGCGUCGCCGCAUGUCGUCUACAUGUUGAAAUUUGUUGUGUCGGUUAUUAAAUGAAAUAUGUAUUAAAUAUUGUUCACUAUUUGACAGAAUAUGUAUAUUAUUAACUGAUUCAUUCUUCAAUUUUAAACAUUCCUUUUGAAUAGAUAUAUUGUUUCAAAUAUAUAUAUAUAUGUAUAUCACCAAUGCAUAAUGUGGUUUUCGGAUUUAAAUAUUUUAUUGAUACAUUGCUAGAAAGCUUUUGAUAUUAUAAACAAUAUAUAAUGAAAUUGUUGACGAUGCAUUAGUGUAGCUCAUAAUUAUUAGAUUAAUCUGGGCUACCUUUAGCAGCUACUAAUUAUAUUAAGUAGAAAAAGAUUCUCAGUUGAUUACCAUCAUCGGAGUGGUGACGAUAACUUGAGCUCUGUGAGUUUUUAAGGUAUUAAUUGUUAUCGCGGCGCAGGCGCAAGUCAGUCAGUGGACCGACCGCAAAGCACCAAGCUUUCGUCACAAUUCUGUUGAUAAUAUUUACACGUUCUCAAUUUUUGUUUCAACUAGUGUUCGACUUUCUACUUAGUCCUUCCACGAAGUAGCGCUACGAAGCCUUCUCGGAGAUAUUAUUAAGUACAUUUUGCAUUAAAGCGAUGUUAGUUGAAAGUGUGAUAACUGUAUUAUAAUUUGACGGCAUUUUAUCAUUUUGUUCGUUUUGUACCUUGUCUAUACUGUCAGCCAAAUGACUAGGAAGUUAUACUUCGUUAGGUUUAUUAUUUUUUAUGUUGUUAUAGUAAGUCCGCGAAACAUUUUAAACGUAUUCCAAAUUCUGAUGAUUAAAAUAUAAAUGAUAGAAGUCAAGUACAAAGUGCUUUGUAUAAACUUAUAUUUUGUUAAUUGAGUACUUCGCGCGUUGUUCUAAAGACACACAUAAAACCACCAAAUAUUGUUUCCAAUACCUACAUUAGCCUUAUGAAAUGCCUAAUGUUUAACUGAAGAGAAUAUUUUAUAGUUUUAUUAACUUAUUACAAAAUGAAGAAAUUAUCUACUAUACAUAGAAUGUAUAA